UAUUUUUCUCUGCUUUUAGUCUUUCCCCAAGUGGCUGCAGCGCAGCUCACUGAACACAAACAAUAUUAACAUGUAAUUUUCUCUCUCUGUGUUUGUCUCUGCGCAGCUUGAGAGCCGCUGCUGUCUGUGAUGCCCUCCCAUGACGCCCAGGUCGGUAGCUGACACUGCCAGUGAGCGGGAGACGCCACUGCACAACCGGUCCUGGGCCGGCGCCGUCAGCCGGUUCUCGCCCUCCCUCUUGCACGCUGGAGACUCCAACUCCACCCACCUACCAGUAUCCACAACCAUCAGCUCCGAUCCACCCCAGUAAGUCCCUUUCAAAACCACCCUCAGCCAGUACCAGCAGCAGCAGCAGCCAAAAAACACAGUAUCUUCAACGCAGCACCAGCACCACCAUUAUCACCAGCAGCAGCAGAAAUGUCCAGUCGUAGAAAGUCCUCCACCCCCUGCAUGGUCCGGGUCAUCAGCGACCUGCCUGAAGAGCAAGACGACCCUGAGGAGGUGAUGGACGUGGAAAUAAUGGUGGACAACGAUGUGACAGAGAAAGAACAAUCAGGAUCAGCAGAGAAGAGUCAAGACGCCCAGCAGGAGGAUUCAGAGAAUCCAGACCAGCAGACGUCUCCGCAACCAGUGGAGAAACCUGAGCCAUCAGAACAAGAGGAGCAGUCGGCGGACAAAGAUCAACCUUCUGUCAUCGAAGACAUGGAAACCACGGAGGAGAAGGACAGCGAAGAGUCCGACCCGACGUCCGAGAAAAAGCAGCCCAGAGGCUACGAGUGCAAAUAUUGCCCAUUCUCGACGCAGAACUUGAAUGACUUCAAAGAGCACGUGGACUCCAGCCACCCUAACGUCAUUCUCAACCCGCUGUACCUCUGCGCCGUCUGCAACUUCAACACCAAGAAGUUCGACUCGCUCACGGAGCACAACGAGAGCGAGCACCCGGGCGAGACCAACUUCAAGUUCAAGAGGAUAAAAAUGAACAAUCAGACGAUCUUAGAGCAGACAAUCGAAGGCAAGGACAAUGAAAGCGACACGACAAAAGAACAGCGUGAGAGCAGCUCCGUGUUUCCGCCCUGCAUAUCGACCACCGUGACGUCCCCGGACAGCAUUCAGCCGCUUUAUCAAGGGAGCGAGCUGACAAGCCAGCAGGACGGCCUGAUCCAGAAGAAUCAAAUCACGGCGGUGAACAUCAACGGAACGGUCAUCAUCCCCGAACCCACCAUCCUCCAAGGGCUCUCCCAUGUCUCCCCGAUGCUCCAGCGCCCGCCCAACUUUAACUCUGUACCAAAAAUAGCUGUUCCCUUGAACACCACCAAAUAUAACCCUUCCUUAGACGACAACUUGACGUUGAUCACCUCCUUCAACAAGUUCCCUUACCCUACGCACGCCGAGCUGUCGUGGCUCACGGCGGCCUCCAAGCACCCGGAGGAGCAGAUCAAAGUCUGGUUCACCACCCAGCGCCUGAAGCAAGGCAUCACCUGGUCUCCCGAGGAGGUGGAGGAAGCCAGGAAGAAGAUGUUCAACGGUUCAAUCCCUCCUGCACAUCACACGUUCACCGUCCUGCCUACCGUCUCGCAGCCGUCUGCCAAAUCCCAGCAGCCCUUUGUCCACACGACAGUCGGGCACGCAAGUCAUGUCCGCAUGACUGCGUCCAAUGGUGUCGCCCCAAACUCCAUUGGCUCCAGUACCGCCCUUAAACGAUCCCUGUCGACACACCUGACGACAGUGUUCGGCCCGGAGUCCAAGCGGCCCAUUAUGGCGGUCGCCCCUCAUUCCGGCGACGCCAAAGACAGAGGCCUAAUGGCUCCCCCUCCACCCCCUCCUCCUCCAAAAGACCGCCCCCCAAUGGCUCCACCUCCUGUUCCUAUGGAGAUGAAGAGACCUGUAGCAGUUCCUCUGGUCCCCACGGACAUGAAGAGGCCAUCCGCUGCUGUGCCUUUAAUGCCGCCGCCAUCAUCGUCGUUGUCACAAUCUUUGCUGUCCAAAGGGAAGAUUCCCAGCUCGUUAGGAAACCCCAAAACGAAGCCGGUGGUGUCGCUGCCCUCCAUAGUCUUUCCAGAGUCUUUAACACGACCACUAAUUGUCCCGCCGCCUAUCUUUGCCCCGUCGUUUAAAAACUCGUUACUAUUUCCUCUUAGUUCACCCAAAGACAAGCACCCGAAUGCCCACAGUUUACCGGCAGCUGAUUUGAAGCUGCCAAACUCCCCGCCGCUCAAUACUCCACAGAUACGGAGGCCGACCAUUAUCCAGUCCAUCCGCGCUCUGGCUAAAACCCCGUCCCAGAUUCCAGGGUUCCCCUUGGAUAAGAAGCUAAAAGAGCAGCAGGGAGUGGAGGUGAAAGCCAGCUACCCCAGAGGAGACAAGGUGCUCACUCCUCUGGCCGAGGCCAACGGGACAUCUCGCACCGACAGAAAAUGGUCCCACGAUCAAACCUCCCUCGCUCAUAACGGAGUCAUGCAUAUGGAUGGCGGCGAGCCACCAGCAGCUCUGAAACCGGAUUUCCAUCAGAAGUCCUCGGUGCUGACCCAGUUCCCGCUGCUGGAGAGGAUGAAAGGAAAGACGGCAGAGCAACUGAAGAUCUUGGAGGAGAACUUCCUGAGAAACAGCUUCCCCACGCUCAGCGACGUGGACAAUCUGGCGGGAACCACCCGCAUGUCUCACCAGGAGAUCGACAGUUGGUUCGCGGAGCGCCGUGCACUUCGUGACAACCUGGAACAAGCCCUUCUCAACUCCAUGGGCACCAAGAGGAUGGGCGCCGGUGGCAUCGGUGCCAAGAAACGACCACAUCCGCAUCAGACUCUCCAGCUGAAUGGUAUUCACAAACCAAGCGCCGGUAUUAAAAGUCCGCUUCCGCCCUCUUCCACGAUGCCCAUCGUCGCGCCCUCCAUCCCCAACCCGAAUUCCUGCUCAGUGCCUCCAGACAGCCGAUCCCUGGCGCUCCUCAAGGACGAUUUUGCUCAAACGCGGUGGCCUUCCCCUGAGGAGUUUAGCCAGCUGGAGGGUCGGACGGGACGCGCCGAACUCGCCCGCUGGUUCAAUGACAGCAGGCUGCAGAGUGGCGGCAUGGAGCUGCCCGAACUUUUUCACAACAAUGGAGUGAACGGAGGGCAGGGGCCGCCUGUGAGCUCCCCCAAAAACACUCUGCCGAGCAUCCUCCAGCGCUGUCAGGACGGGGGGCUCACAAACAACAACAACGGCAGUAAGGUGCUGGAGGUGGAGCUGGGCUGGCUGAUGGAGCAGCGCGCCAACAGCCUCAGCAGUCAACAGCACGACGAGCUCCAAGACCGGUUUGCUGGCAG